GUUAGCAGCGUGUUGUUUAUGUAAAGUGUGUGAUUAAUGAAGUAAUGUGUACCGUGGGAAGUCUGACAGCACGAGUUAAAAGUGUACGCAGUUCAACACAGUUUGCAGUGGUUUAAUAAGAGCACAUGUCAUGUCUGGGCACGGACACGGGCACGGGCACGGGUGUUGUGAGGAUGAUCAUGAACCAGCAGAGCGUGGUGUAGAGUAUGGACUGUACACACGCAUAGAUAUAGAGAAGCUACAGUGUCUCAAUGAGAGCAGAGACGGAGACGGUAAACUUGUCUUUAAACCCUGGAAUGAGCGCACUGACCGCGUAAAGUUUGUGGAGAGCGAUGCAGAUGAAGAACUCUUAUUCAAUAUUCCGUUCACUGGAAGUGUGAAGUUAAAAGGAAUUAUUAUUUCUGGGGAGGAUGAUGAAUCACACCCAUCUGAAAUUAGACUUUACAAGAAUAUCCUGCAAAUGUCAUUUGAUGACACAAGCAGAGAGCCAGAGCAAGCAUUUCGUCUUAACAGGGAUCCACUGGCUGAACUUGAGUAUCCAACAAAGAUUGCUCGCUUUUCCAAUGUCCAACACUUAUCUGUUCAUAUUCCUCGAAACUUUGGUGCUGACUCCACUCGUGUCUACUACAUUGGUCUUCGAGGAGAAUAUACUGAGGCUCACAGACACGAGGUGACUAUUUGUAACUAUGAGGCAGCAGCAAAUCCAGCAGAUCACAAAGUGGAAGCAAUAACUCCACAAACACAGUUCAUUUCAUGAUGUAUUGAGUUGCCUUUGUUCAAAAAGAGAGAUGUGAAUGCUUUUCAUAAUACUGAGAACAAUUAUGUUCUGUAUACUAAUGAAGAAUUGAAAAUAUGUUGGACUUUCAAAUUGAAGAUUGUUCUUUUGUGCACCAAUUAAUUUAAAUAAAUGUAAGUUUACUUUGAAUAAAUGCAAAAAGAUUAAUACGUU